CUCGUGCUUCUCUAGGACCACCAUGCCGAAGUUUUCGCGCGAUGCUGGCUGACUCACGGAUGGGACCUUGAGAUCUCCUCCGCCGCUAGCGCGUCUUUCUAAUCGCGAAUCGCAAAGAGCCACCCGCACACAGCGAUGGGCUCAGCUCAUGUAUUUUCGCGGGCAGCCCCAUUACCUCAAGGGGACGAUGGCGUCACUACGGGCCGCGGAAGAAGGCUCUCGUUCUGCAGCUCCUGGCCACAAACUGCCACCGCAAAAUCCGUUCCGCUCGUAGAUCGGUUUCGGAAUUUCCUAGAUGGCAAAACUUCACGCCCGGCAGCAUCAUUGGCAGCACAGACAUCAGAAAUUGUCGGAGAUCCGGCAGCAGCUGGGCCCACAGCUCGUCCUGCCCGGUGUCCCUUCAUUCUCCCGUCCACAACCCUCACACCACCCCUCUCUCCUGCCUUGGACUCAUCUACAAAUCCGCACUCCCGCGGCUCUUCGCAUUCAGAGUUCUCAUCGCGUUCCUCGAUCCCCAGCUAGUUCGGGUUCUCACAUACUCCGAGUACUCUCUUCAGCUCCCUGACUUUCCUGAGAAAGCACCCACCUAGUAGCACUCCGUCUCGUGAGCACUCAAGCUUAGCAACCCAAACUUUCAUCCGCUUCCUGUGACACGUCACUUGCGGCUGUCGCUCAAACCUCACCGGCUGGCCAUGGAAGUCGGGGCGGCUGUGCUUUCCCGAGACUCGUCGUCGACGGAGUACUUAUCGUUCGCGGCAUUGCGGAGCUUCUGGGAGACCCGCGGCGUGCUGCAGCAGUCGCGGGUUGACGCGCUGGUGAGCUCCGCGACUCAACGCGGCGCCGCGCCGCCUGCAGACGACGCGGAUGCGUGGAAUGGCUCUCCCGAGGACGAAGCGUGCGAGCAAGGCAGUUCCAGCAGCGACGUCAGCAGCGACUUCAGCAUCGACGUCAGCAUCGACAUCAGCAUCGACGUCAGCAGCGACGUCAGCAGCACGAUCCUGACGUUGUUCAGCAGCAGCAGCAGCAACUCAAGUGACUCUAGCUGUAAUGGUAGCAGUCCCAGCGAAGCGUGCAGCAGCGGGAGCAGCGAUUGCAGCAGCAAUGCGGUGAGGCCAUCCCGUGUGAGCGUGACGGCGGUGGGUGGUGGGGAUGCGGAUUCGAGCUCAUGCGAGUCAGCUAUCGUCCGAAGGGCUGAGAGGAGACGAGCAGCAGACAGUGAGAGAGUGCUGCCUUCGCGGAUUCCCAAGCCAGGCAGCGCACGAGCAGGCGGGAAGGUGGGUGGUGGUGGGGAGGAGGAGGCAGUGGAUGCAGCGCGUGCUGCCAUUGUCCGACAGGAGACCACAGCGAGCAGCAGAGGGCGGCAGCAGGAGAGCAAGGGGCACGUGCCGUGCUCUAGUGGGUCGAGAACAGGGCCUGCCAGGACCACCAAGGCAGCAGAUACCAGACCCCCGUGGAGACCGUGAAGGCUGCUGAGAGCCUGAAGGCUGCUGAGAGCCUGAAGGCUGCUGAGAGCUGGAAGGCUGCUGAGACGGUGAAGGCUGCUGGGAAUAUGACAGCAAGCAGAUAAUACCGUAUAUUGGAGGAAAGACGGGAGCAAGGCGCACCAGACAGUAGAGCUGGGUUCGGGCAGGUGGAAGUUGGCUUUCAGCCAUAAUAAUUGAGGAGGCAUGUGGUGCUGCUGUCUGACAAAUGUGCAGGUCGGCGGAAUGCUGAUGGAUGGCAUCAGGGUGCUGCUGAAAUAUCCUUGUGGCAUUGUACCCUAGUAGAAUAACAUGAUGGCAGGGUGCUGUGCCCUUAGCAUAGGAGCAAUGGUUACUAGCUUAGGCUCGAGGAGUUAGAGCACUAGCUGUGCCCAUUUCUGUUGCUGAUGGUAUAUAUUUAUCACUGUACCACCAUACAUUUUCU